AUGGCAUCGGUGGAUGGCCGACUGACGACGACGAAAGGACUACUGUCGUCGUAUUACGCUAUUGUGUUGGUCAAUCGUGUGUGGGAGGAGCCAAAGGCAAUAGGCGACCAAGGUGGGAUGGCCAAAGAAGGCGGGGUUUGGCGGCGAGCUGAGCGCACCAGCCAUAGAACUAUGGGCCGAAGCGAGGCGAAACGAGUUCGAGAUGAACGCCUGAAAGCCGCCGUCCGUCGGCAGAUGUCGCAGCGGGCAGCCGACCAGUUGCUUGUAACAAGACGAAGCACACGAGGCUUCAACCACGCACCAGACCGUGGCCACCAACAUCGUCCAGACCCGCCGGGGCCUUGA